GAUUGAGAAUUAGAGAGAGAGAGAGAGAGAGAGAGAACUAGAGAACGAUCUAAUACAAAAUAUAUAACUAAUGAUUGGAUGGGAAAAUGGAACAUCUUCUGGGCCAGAAACUUUUUUGUAGUAUUUGAAUCCAAAAUCAAAGCAAACACCCGUCCCUCUUAAACCAGCAGAGAGGCGUGCAUGAUAAGAGAGGAAGAAGAUGACGACACCGCCCACCUCCCUGGCUCGGGCGAUGGAGCUGCUCCGCCACCCCAACCUCUCCCUCUCCCUCUCCGCCUUCUCCGACCUCUCCGAGCUCAAACGCGCCCACGCCCGCGCCCUCGUCUCCGGCCUCUCCGCCGACCCCUUCGCCUUCGCCCGCCUCCUCGCCUCCGCCGCCCUCUCCCCCGCCUCCGGCGACCUCCCCUACGCCGCCGCCCUCUUCCGCGCCUUCCCCUCCCCCACCCUCUUCAUGUUCAACACCAUGAUCCGGGCCCUCUCCGGCCGCCCCGACCCCGCCGACUCCCUCCGCCUCUACGUCCGGAUGCUCCGCUCCGGCCUCUCCCCCGACCGCCUCACGCUCCCCUUCCUCAUCCGCUCCUGCCGCGUCCUCGCCCUCCCCCGCCUCGGCCGCGGCCUCCACGCCCACGCGGCGCGGCUCGGGCUCGAUUCGGACGUCUACGUUGUGAACAAUGCCAUCACCAUGUACUCCGGCUCGGGGGACAUGGCCUCCGCCCGCCGCCUGUUCGACGAAAAUGCUGAUGUCGUCGACGUCGUCUCGUGGACGGCGAUGGUCACCGGGCACGCCAACUGCGGAGUAUUGCAGCAGGCCCGGCGGUUCUUCGACCGGAUGCCGAGCAGGAACUUGGUCUCUUGGAAUGCGAUGAUUUCCGGCUACGCGCGAUCCGGGAAGUCCCACAAGGCACGGGAGUUGUUCGGUAGAAUGCCCCAAAGAGACGUCGCUUCGUGGAGCGCCAUGGUGUCGGGGUUCGCCCAGUCCGGGCUGUGCGAAGAAGCUCUAGCGGUUUUCAAAGAGAUGAUCGAUAAGGAGGUAACACCGAACGAGGCGACUUUGGUUAGCGCUGUGUCGGCCUGUGCGCAGCUGCGAGCGUUAGAGGAAGGCGAAUGGAUUCAUAGCUGCAUAAAGGAGCACAGGGCGGAGAUGAGUGUGAUCCUCGCGACGGCGCUCGUCGACAUGUACGGCAAGUGCGGGAGCAUAGCUAAAGCCCUCGAGGUGUUCAGCGAAAUGCCCGUGAAGAACGUCUACUCGUUCAACUCGAUGAUCGCCGGCCUAGCCAUGAACGGCUCUGAGAGGCAAGCUCUCACCCUCUUCUGGAAGAUGCAGUUGACGGGUCAGCAUCCGAAUGCCAUAACGUUCAUCGGCUUAUUGAGCGCAUGUAGCCACUCCGGCCUCAUCGACGAGGGGCGGUGGCUGUUCGAGAAGAUGAUUCGAGAUUACAACAUCAGGCCUCUUCCCGAGCACUACGGUUGCAUGGUUGAUCUCUUAGGCCGGGCCGGGUUGGUGAAAGAAGCCGUGGAGUUCGUGGACCAAAUGCCGGCGGAGCCCCACCCCGGUCUAUGGGGAGCUCUAGCGGGGGCAUGUAAGAUCCACGGAGAGGUCGAGCUCGGAGAGGAAGUCGCGAAAAGGCUAAUCGAGUUGGAGCCGAAUCACGGGGGGAGGUACAUUCUCUUGGCUAACAUCUAUGCGGCUGCUAAGAGGUGGGAUGAUAUGGCCAUGGUGCGGAAACUGUUGAAGGAAAGGAAGGUCUCAAAGGGCACAGGGAACAGUGCAGUUGAGGCAUUGCCAUAAUAGAAUUAAGCUCAUUGAACAAGCUCCUCCUCGUCGUCGGCAUCGCCGU